CUCAGAUAGUAAUUAUUUUCUGCAUCACGAGAACCUGUUUGUAUCAAAUGUAUUUUUAUUUAUUAGAGUACAUUUUGAUGAUGUUGUAAUAUAACUUCAAAUAUGGAUAUCAUUGUCAUUUAUUAUAUUAUGGCUUUGGGAUUUAAAAUGUGUGUUACUGAUGAUUUCUUUGGAGACAUGAAUCCUAUAAACUACCACAGUAAAUUUGGUAUACCUAAAGCCAGAGCAUUACUAAGAGACGUAUCAAGUAAUAAAAUAAUUAUUAGUGAAAUUACCGGAGGAGAAAUCACCCGCAUACAAGAUGUUCCUUAUCAAGCUGGACUGAUAAUAAAUCUCAGUGAGCUUAUGACUUCCGUUUGUGGAGGUUCUUUGAUAACUAGCACUCGUGUACUAACCGCAGCCCAUUGCUAUGAUGACGGCGUAUUGGUGGCCAUGUCAUUUACAAUUGUUCUUGGAACCAUGAACUUGUUUAAAGGUGGACGACGCAUUAAAACGGAUCUAGUGACAGUCCACCCUAUGUGGAAUACGAGGAUUUUGGAGAAUGAUCUCGCUGUGUUACAUAUACCUAAGAUAAAAUUCAGCGAUUCAAUACAGCCUAUUGCCCUUCCAAAUGAAGACAUGCUUUCUCACAAGUUUACGGGUUGGAAGUCUUUAGCUUCUGGAUUCGGCAUCAUUGGGGAUGAUCUUAAAGUAACAUCCACACAAUAUCUGAGUUCGGUAUCUUUAACAAUAAUUUCUAACGAGGAAUGUUCCGCCAUGUAUCCUGGGUACAUCCAAGAUUCCCAUAUUUGCACCAUAGGGAACAACACUGGAAGUACAUGUCAUGGCGACUCCGGGGGACCGCUUGCUGUCAAAAUACACGGAAAAAGUAUUUUGGUGGGAGCUACGUCUUUCGGGUCCAACACCGGAUGUGAAAAAGGCUAUCCGGCUGUUUACACAAGAAUAACAUCAUUCGUCGACUGGAUUGUAAGCGUGUAAUAAAAUAAAAAUAAAACAAUUAAAGUAUAUAUAAUAAAA